UUGCAGGUGGUUCAGGAAAGCUCAGAUGUCAAAAAUGGGGAUUGGAUUUGGGUUACGGAUCCUGUUGUGGCUUUGCGUGGCAGCAAGCCAUGUGUACGGAAUAGAGCCCAUUGUAAAGACUUGUGAACCAUCAGAAUGUAGGCUCAGCGAUUUGCAUUUUAGUACCCCGAACGAAACUGCUGCGCUUACGAUAAACUUCGAUACGGAUUAUAACUACUAUUUUUACUUCGAACGGUCUACCAUUCCCGCAAUUCCUAGCACAGUGUUUGCAAAGGAUAACACGAUUGAACUGCUCAACAUCACAAGCUGCGAUCUGUUUGAAAUCCUGCCAAAUACGUUCCAGUAUGCGACUGUGCUCGAAGAACUGUACCUGGAUGAUAACCGACUAGAUCGUCUAUAUCCCGGUAUUUUCACUGGUGUAGUCAGGUUGAAAAAAAUGCAAUUGACGAAAAAUCGCAUGCGAGUGAUUGAGCCGCAUUCGUUUUCGGGAGCAGUCGCUCUGAAACGUCUAGAUUUGUCCGAGAAUCAUAUAGAAACCUGGCCGACCGAUGCAUUCGCUGAACUGAGCAACUUGACCCAUUUGAGUCUUGCAAAUAAUUUGAUCUCUGGCCUAGCGAAACAUCCGUUCCGUCCUUUGAAUAUACUCCGGAAGCUGGAUCUGAAAAACAACUUCCUUCACACAUUAAUGGCCGACAGUUUUGAAGGUUUGGGCGCAUUGGAAAAUUUGAUUCUACAAAACAACCGAUUGGAAGUUAUCGACCCUCAAGCUUUUCUUCCACUGCGUGAACUGAAGGAAAUAGAUUUGGGUAAAAACAAUUUGAAAUUGCUGCCGUCAGGCGUUUUCAAGCCUCUAGCGAAUCUGAAAUCUGUUGAGCUUCAAGAAAACUACAUCUCGCAUCUGGACGAUGAUCUAUUCGAAAGUAACCCAUCGCUGGAUACACUGCAACUUAACAACAACACUAUAUCGGUGCUAAAUCCAGCCCUAUUUGCAAACCUGACCAGUUUACAAAGAUUUUCGAUCGAGUUCAACCGAUUACGGGAAGUUGACCCUCAAAUUUUUGAAAACAAGCCAGCAAUGGAGGGACUAUGGCUAUCAGGUAACUUCCUGCGGAGCAUUCAGCCUGGCACAUUCGAUAACAUGAAAAAGUUGGAUGAAUUACACCUCAAUGACAACCUGCUCACAUCCAUCGAAGGAAAUUUGUUCAGGAAUUUGAGUAACUUGAGUGUGCUUAGCUUAACGGGUAAUCGCAUCCAAAAGCUGACGGCUGGUUCUCUUAAAGGAGCGUCAUCCCUUAUGAGAUUGUAUAUUAAAAAUAACGAUGUAAGAGAGAUCGAAGAGGAUUUCCUGGCCGACAAUCGGUGGUUAAUGACUUUCUCGAUCAAAGACAACUUCGUGCAACACAUCCCGGUGGGUCUAUUUAAGAGACAAAAGAGACUAGAAGAGCUUACGUUGAGCAACAACGAGAUUGAACGUCUGGAGCCGAGAACAUUUGAAGGUACUAAAAAAUUAACUGAGCUAUAUCUCGCUGGCAACAAACUUGAGGAUAUUGAUCCAUCCGUUUUCAAUUUGAGCAAGCUAAAGCAUCUCGAUUUGUCAGACAAUAUCAUCCAAGAGCUAGAACAGGAUGCCUUGGAAGGUCUUCCGAAGCUUGAGGUACUGAUAUUAGAAUCUAACGACCUUACCGAAAUUCCGGAGGCAAUCAACAAAACUCCUCUGUUGAAAACUCUCGAGCUUCAGCAGAAUCGCAUAGAGAAAGUCAAAGCAGGCCAAUUCAGUGAGUUGAAGAACCUACAACAGUUAAAUCUUGACGACAAUAGAAUACACACGAUGGAGCCGGGUUGUUUCCGUGGAUUGGAAUCGAUUUUCUCGCUUAGUUUCGAAAACAACUCACCUGAAUACGAUGGCGAUGAUUUGUUCUCCGACAUUACAAAUCUUAAAGAGUUGAAUAUGGACGAUACAGAUUAUUCAGGCUCUAAUCGUGUCUCGUUUAGUCCGAUAGAGGAUUUGAGGAAGCUUUCACUCGAAGAUAACUCCUUGGCUGGCUUGGAACCAGGAUUUUUAAGUGAUUUGAAGUACUUGAGGUCGCUUUCCGUGAAAAACUGUGAACUGACCUUCAACGGCAGUUAUUUGAAGAAACAUUUGUACUUAGAAACCAUCAGCUUUGACAGUUGCCCCAGUUUUGCCAUCGACGAAUCCUUCUUUGCUGGAGCACCGCAUCUACAAUCCAUUAACGUGCAAAACAUCGAACUGCAAGCGAUUAGUGUCAAUGCAUUCCGCAAGAUGGAAGAACUACGAGAGUUGUUCAUAUCUCCCUACAAUGGUGAAAUGAAGGACAUCCUCACGGGACUGAAAGAGCUGACGCGUUUGAAUUUUAGCAAAAUGAAUUUCACUACGCUUUCGGAUCACUUCUUCCGGACGAACCGAAAGUUGGCUUUCCUCACGAUCAUGGAAAAUCCUAACCUAUCAGAGUUGAAACCAGUAUGGUUCAAGUAUCUAUCGAAGCUGGAAUACUUGGAGAUUAGUUUAAACAAUAUCUCACAUAUCCAACCGGAUUUGUUCCUAAAUACUCCAAUCCUCAAGGAGCUCUACCUCGAAGGAAACCCAUUGCAUACGAUCGAAAAAGAUCUUUUCACCAGCUUGAAAUCAUUAACGGCACUUGAUCUCGACAACACGUUGCUCACCGAUCUUCCGUUGGGAGUGUUUGAUGGAUUGUAUCGUUUGGAGGAGUUGUUUUUAAACAAUAAUAAGCUGUCAAAUCUUCAAAACGGAACCUUCCGCCAAUUGCAUUCCCUGAAGCUUCUGCAACUGAGUAAUAAUUCAAUUGAACAACUCGAUCCCUUCUUGUUUGCCGACAUUCCCCGCUUGAGGGACAUCGAUUUGUCGAGAAAUCAACUGAGCAUGCUUGACGAGCGUUUGUUUGCCUCACAGCUAGCACUUCAGGAGCUGGACGUUACGCAUAAUCAACUUCUUACUCUCAACUUGCAUCAAUUACUUAUCGCCAAUACUCUGAAUGUGCUGGGAGCAGAAGAUAAUGAAUUGGUGUCAGUGAAGUUCACACCUUGCUUGCUGGAAAUAGAGUUAUCAAACAACCACAUCCAAUCCAUCGACCGACAAAUGUUUGCUGGUGCUUCAAACGUGAUUCAGUUACAUUUGUCACAAAACCACAUAACGAGCCUGCCCAAAGAAAUUUUUGAUGAAAUGACCAAAUUAACACAUCUUUCACUAGCAGAAAAUUUGAUCCAUGAAUUAAAUGGCGAACUAUUCCAUGGUUUGAGCCGACUAGAAGAGUUGAAUUUGAACAGCAAUUUCUUGCACACAAUAGCGGCUGAUGCAUUCAAGGGAUUGAUCGGAUUAGAUAAGCUGUUGCUGCAAAAUAAUCGACUCGAAUCGAUUGAUUCUCAAGCCUUUUUGCCACUGGUCAAACUAUCGGAGUUGAAUUUAAGUAAAAACAAUCUAAAACUGCUGCCAGAAACUAUUUUCAAGCCUCUAUCGAUUCUCAUUACCGUUGAACUGCAAGAAAACUACAUCUCCCAUCUACACAAUGGACUCUUUGAGAGCAACUCAAUGCUGGAGGAAUUAUACCUAGAUAAUAACACCAUAUCAACGUUGAGCCCAGCCAUUUUUGUCAACCUGACAAGUUUGGAAAAAUUAUCGAUUACAAACAAUCGUCUACGAGAAAUUGAUGUGCAUUUGUUUGAAAACACACGUGAUCUGGAUGCACUCUGGCUGACUGGUAACUUGCUGCACGAGAUCCAUUUGGGCACAUUCGAUAGCUUGAGUGAAUUAGAAGAACUGUACCUUGGUGAAAACUUGUUCACCUCCAUUGACGGAGAACUGUUUAGGAAUUUGAGCAGCUUGAAGGAGCUCAACCUGUCAGGAAACCGCAUCCAAAAGCUCAGUGCUGGAUCCCUGAACGGAGCGUCGGAACUGCAGAGGCUAUACAUCGAAAGUAAUGAUGUAAAGGAGAUCGAAGACGGUUUCUUGGACGAUACUCCUUUACUGGAGACUUUCUCGAUCGAUGAUAAUUACGUCCAACACAUUCCAGCAGGACUUUUCAAGAUGCAAACUAAGCUCGAUUACGUUUCGUUGUCGAACAAUGAUAUUAACUAUUUGCAAAAUGGAAUAUUCGAUGCUUUGGCUAGCAGUGUGUCUGAAUUUUAUAUUGCGAGCAAUAGAAUAACUCGUGUUGAGCCAUCCGUUUUCAAUAUGAGCAAGCUAGUGUAUCUUGAUGUGUCGCACAACUACAUCCAAGAGCUAGCCCAGGAUGCCUUCGAAGGCCUUCCGAUACUUGAGACCGUGUUGUUGGAAUCUAACUACCUUACUGAAAUCCCGGAGACAAUCAACAAAACUCCCCAGCUGAAAUUCCUCGGGCUUCAGCGGAAUCGUAUAGAGAAACUCAAGGCAGGUCAAUUCAGCGAAAUGAAUCAGUUAGAAACGCUAAAUCUUGACGGUAAUAGAAUACACUCGAUGGAGCCCGGUUGUUUCCGUGGAUUGGAUUCACUUACAAUGCUCGCAUACGUAGAUAGCGCACCUGUGUAUGGUGGCGAUGACUUAUUCCUAGAUCUUCCAAAUCUUGAAGAGCUGUAUAUGGACAGAACCAACUAUUCGGCCUCGAAUCGUAUCUCGUUCAAUUCAUUGAAAAACCUUACACUUCUUUCAUUCAAUGAAAAUUCUUUGUCUGGUGUGGAAACAGACCUUUUGCGUGGAUUGAACAAUUUAGAAUCGUUCUAUGUUGAAAACUGUAAUGUGAGCUUCAGCGGCAAGUAUUUCGAGUCUCUUGAGAAUCUGAAAUUCCUCGGUAUUGAGGGUUGCUCGAAUUUCUCCAUCGACGAGUCCUUCUUUGCUGGAACACCUAAAUUGGAAUCUGUAAAUCUGCAAAACAAGCCGUUUAACUCGAUCAGUGUUAAUGCAUUCCGAGGACUGAAAAACCUACAAGAGCUGUACAUAACCUCCUACCAUGGUGAAAUGAAGGACAUCAUCACGGGACUGAAAGAGCUGACGCGUUUGAAUUUUAGCAAAAUGAAUUUCACUACGCUUUCGGAUCACUUCUUCCGGACGAACCGAAAGUUGGCUUUGCUCACGAUCAUGGAAAAUCCUAACCUAUCAGAGUUGAAACCAGUAUGGUUCAAGUAUCUAUCGAAGCUGGAAUACUUGGAGAUUACUUCAAACAAUAUCUCACACAUCCAAAAGGAUUUGUUCCUAAAUACUCCAAGCCUGACUGAGCUCUACCUUGAAGGAAACCCAUUGAAUACGAUCGAAAAAGAUCUAUUUACCAGCUUGAAAUCAUUAACGAUACUUGAUCUCGACAACACGUUGCUCACCGAUCUUCCGUUGGGAGUGUUUGAUGGAAUGUAUCGAUUGGAGGAGUUGUACCUAAAUGAUAAUAAGCUGUCAAAUCUUCGAAAUGGAACCUUCCGACAGUUAUACUCAUUGCGGCUUCUUCAACUGGGUAACAAUUCGAUCGAACAGAUCGAUCCCUUCUUGUUUGCCGACAUUCCCCAAUUGAAGGACAUCAACUUGUCUGAAAACAAGUUAAGCAUUCUUGACGAGCGUUUGUUUGCCUCACAGUUAGCCCUUGAAGAAUUGGACCUUCACGGAAAUCAGUUUGUUACCUUCGACCUACAGCAAAUGAGUAUCGGCAGCACAUUGACCUACCUAAGUCUGGACUACAACCGGCUGACAUCAGUGAAGAUCACCCCUAUUCUGGAGACGCUGAGCGUGGAUGGUAAUCAGUUGUCGACUGUGAUGGUAGACAACUCCGAAUAUUACCAACUAACGACAUUGUCGGUGCAGAAUAAUAGUUUCACGACGCUGGAGUCGGCGUAUCCUUUCUACGACCUGGAUGUACUCAAUGUGACGUUGAAUAAGAUUAGUGAAAUAGAUCUAGGCACGAUCGUGAAGAAGCUGCCGCGGUUGACCGUCUUCAACGCAUCGGACUGUACUGUGAACUCGUUUGGCGAUUCAGCAGAAUCAGGCGAACUUGUGCGGCUGGUGGAUUUGGAUCUGUCGAACAACACGUUGAUCGUAGAUGAGCUGGACAAAUUACCGAUUUUCUACCGAUUGCAAAGCUUUACCUUCGGUGGAAAUCGUUUCCAGCGAUUUGAACCCGAUCUUGUCACAAACAGACUGCCAAAACUCGAGACAGUCAACAUCGAUGGUACGGCGUGGAGUUGCGAUUUCCUCCAGAAUAUCCGCGAAGCAUUUUUCAAGGAAUUCAUAUCGCUACAAUCCGCAUUCGGAACCGUUGGGGAAUGCAAACCAUCUGAGUGAAUACUUUCUACUGGCUACUAUAUGAACAAUAAAUGAAAC